CUCUAAAUUAACCACACAAAACUUGAGCUCCUUAAAAAAUAUGAAAUAUUACAUGUCUAGAAUCUUAGAUAUGUGUUUAAAAUCUCACUAAAAUCUUUCUUUUACCGUUACGUGACCCCAAAAUUUUGAUCCUAUUUCGCGUAAAUACAGCCAUCAAAUUUAGGCAGCUGGGGACAAUUGUCCUAAGCUCUUAGGUUUCAUAUACAGUCCUUCCGAGCGAUAUCCUCCCGCCAAAACAAUUGUAAGGGUUUUACAUUGAGACUGCAUAUAGAAAGGAGAACGGAUAGAGGUGGAGUGUGCGUCAUUCGCUGUGUCAGAUAAAGAGCAAAAAUGCUGUGGGUAGACAAGUACAGGCCCAGGUCUCUCGAUAAGAUUAUUGUGCAUCGGGAAAUUGCUGACAAUUUAAAAAAUCUGGUAAGUGAGCAUGACUGUCCUCAUCUACUAUUUUAUGGGCCACCAGGAGCUGGGAAGAAAACUUUAAUCAUAGCCCUUCUAAAGCAAAUAUUUGGUCCAGGGGCUGAGAAGGUGAAGGUAGAAAAUCGGCCAUGGAAGAUUGAGAGGUGCUUCUCUAAGGGAAAGGUUUACAUUCAAUUGAUUUCCUACCCUUGCUUGCAUCAAAUGGCUGGUACAAGGACAAUUGAAGUGGAGUUGACGACAGUCUCAAGUAAUUACCAUGUGGAAUUGAAUCCUAGUGAUGUGGGUUUCCAAGAUAAAUAUGUUGUUCAAGAGAUUAUCAAAGAAAUGGCAAAGAGUAGGCCCAUCGAUAUAAAUGGAAAUAAGGGUUACAAAGUAUUGGUUCUCAAUGAGGUUGACAAGCUUUCUAAAGAAGCUCAACACUCUCUUCGACGGACAAUGGAGCUGUAUAGUGGAGUCUGCCGAAUAAUUUUAUGUUGUAAUAGUGCAUCAAAAGUUAUUGAAGCGGUUAGGUCUCGUUGUUUAAAUGUUCGCAUCAAUGCACCAUCAAAAGAGCUGAUAAUUGAAGUAUUGGAGUAUAUUGCAAAGAAAGAAGGACUACAACUUCCUAUAGGAUUUGCAGGUCGUAUAGCCAUACAAUCUGAGAGAAACUUAAGAAGAGCAAUACUUUGCUUUGAGACUUGCAGAGUGCAACAGUAUCCUUUCACCGAUAACCAACCUGUGCAACCAAUGGACUGGGAACAGUACAUUUCUGAGAUAGCUUCAGAUAUUGUGAAUGAACAGAGCCCCAAAAGGCUUUUUAUGGUCCGGGGAAAGAUAUAUGAUCUUCUUGUGAAUUGCAUUCCUCCUGAAGUAGUUUUAAAGAGAUUGGUGUUUGAAUUGAUGAAGAAGUUGGACUCCGAAUUGAAACAUGAAGUUUGCCACUGGGCUGCUUAUUAUGAACACAGGAUGCACCUUGGACAGAAGGCAAUAUUUCACAUAGAAGGAUUUGUCUUUGCGGUGGUUUUUGGCUUCUAGUUGCAGAUCCAUAUAGGUCUGCCGGUUUUCCUAGGGAUCCUUACCACAAGGAAGCAGUGUCUGGUCGUCAUCUAAAUGCAAAUUUCAAUUGCUCUGAGGCAGUCUAUAUGAAUUUGGUGCAGUGCAUUCUUUGUCCCAAGGGUGUAGGCAAUGCAAGUGUAUUGAGGUCUAGAGCCUACUUUCAAGCUGAUUUUCUUCAGAAAUUGGAGACCAAGGUUCCUGAUUAAGAGGUUCACAGCUGGGUUGUGAAAAAGCUUCUUCCACUCCUGGGACAGUUGUCUUCUUUGUUGUCUGUGGUGGAGGAUGGGGUUUUGAUCCCUGUGGUUUCAAAGUAUCUAGAAGCACCAGCUUCUACAGUUGACAUCAAGGUUUUGAGCAAGGAAAAAUUGGCUGUUUCAGCAAUUAUAGAUGGUUUGUGAUUUCUAUGUAAAUCUGGAGAUGGUUAUAAAUCAUUUGAUGGUUUUUCAUAGCAAAGGUAGGAGGUAAUGAAUUCUGUCAUGCUGCUUUUCUUUGUGGAUGCCUUUUUCUGAUUAUAGUGAUCAGAAAAGAGGAAAUAAUUUAUGAUGUAAAAUUUGCCACUUGGAUGAUGUAAGGCUGUUAUUCCGCUCAUACGGUGAGGGGGUGGCAGAUGUAAAGGGUUUGUGUGCUCAUGCUGAGGUUUUGGAUCCUGGCGAUGGAGUAGGGGUAUAGGGAGCUCCUAGCCCCUUUUAGGUUUUACUGCGUCCUUAAUUUCCCUUUUUUGUUUUCUCAGAGAUGGUAAAUUUUUUUCUGCC